ACGAUCCACUUCCUCGUCCCGCUAGCUCUCAAGCCGUGGUUCGUCAGUUCAGGUAUCCCCGAGGACCGCGUCACGGAGCUCGACUGGUGGCACGAGACCAUCCUUACCUUCCCUUCGGCUUCCGCCUCUUCUGCCGCCGCUUCUGCAACGGACGCGCCGACCGCGUGGGACGGAACGGACCUCGCACUGAAGUUCGCCUUUACGCCAGCCCAGCACCGGUCUGGAAGGGGAUUACUGGACCAUAUGAAGACGCUCUGGGGGAGCUGGAUGUUUGGGGUGAUUGGGAAGGAGGAGUGGAGUGGGAGAGAGGAGAGGGGUAUGCAGGGCUGGAAGGGGUUCAAGUGUUUCUUUGGCGGUGAUACGGGAUAUCGAUACGCCACUGCUCCCGAAGGAGACGACGACGCUAUCUGUCCCGCGUUUGAAGAAAUCGCAAAGCACUACGCCCCAGUCACACUCUACCUCCUACCCCUCAACACAGGCUCCUCCCUCCCAUUCCUCCGAACCAUCCUCUCCCUCUCUCUCGAUCAAUACACCCUGACCUCUUCGCAGCAUUGCAGCCCUGGCGACUCGCUCGAGAUCCACCGGAUCAUGCAGGCUGAGCGGAGCGUGGGGAUGCACUGGGGAACAUUCUGUGAUCGGGAUGAGAGCAGGGGGACGCGGGUGGAAUUUGGGCGUGGGAGGAGGGAGCGGGGCGUGGGGAAGAUGUGGGUGGGGGACGAUGAGGAGGGGAGAGGAAAGGGAGAGGAGGGGGCGGGGCGGUUUGUCCUGGCGGAUAUUGGGGAGACUUUGGUUUUCCCCUAG